CUCGCUACUUUCAGCAAUUGGGAUCUGGCAACCCUAGUGUACACAAUAAGCGUAUUGGGGAGCAGUGUCAAGAGUUGUUGAGGACUGUCACAGGCGUCAAGGUGUCACUGGCAGUGUCACGGCUGUCACAGGCGUCACGGGGGCAGUGAAGGCACUAGCGGGAGUCACUGUGACAGGGAUCUGAGGGGGAGAAAUAAGUUAUAUUCGGUGAAGUGAAGCUUGCAGAGAGUUGAGGAUCAGAAUGUCGGGGAGAGUUCGCACACGAGUGGAUCGAGGGACAGGAGAAGUUGUAGCAUAUAGUGAUGCUGCUGUACGGAACAAUUUUGCUGUCAUUGAAUACUGUCGUACCUCAAUGGCUGCUUUGUCUGGGGCAACAGCAGGAAUGCUUGGCUUGACAGGCCUGUAUGGGUUCCUGUUCUUUUUGCUGGCCGGCAUGGUGCUGUGGCUGAUGCUGCUGUUGAAGGCGGGCUCCAAAUGGCAGCAGUACUUUGUCAGCCGUCAGUCUCUCCUUACCAGUGGUCUUUUCUCUGGGCUCUUUACUUAUAUUUUAUGCUGGACUUUCCUCUAUGGGAUGGUUCAUGUAUACUGAAAUGGAAUAUUAAAAAUUAAAUGAGUUUGAAUGUCA